UCUGCUCUGCGCGGUGAUUCACUCCCUCCUUCGCCUCGGGGGCCCCCUUCCCGGCCAGACGGCUGGCAAGACGGCUGGGUGUGCAGCGUCCUCGAAAACACGAGCCAGCGAGCAGGUCUUUUGCGCCUCUUGGGACUCGGGUCCACACCAUGGCGGAUUCCGAGCGCCUCACGGCUCCCGGCUGCUGGGCCGCCUGCACCAGCUUCUCGCGCACCCAAAAGGGAUUUCUUCUGUUUGCUGAGAUUAUACUAUGCCUGGUGAUUCUGAUCUGCUUUAGUACCUCGACAUCAGGGUACUCUUUCUUGUCGGUGAUAGAGAUGAUCUUUGCCGCCAUCUUUUUUGUUGUCUACAUGUGUGACCUGCACACCAAGAUACAGAUCAUCAACUGGCCUUGGAGUGAUUUCUUCCGAACCCUUGUAGCAGUCAUUCUCUACCUGAUCACCUCCAUUGUGGUGCUCGUUGAGAGAGGAAACAGCUCCAAAAUCGCUGCAGGGGUGCUGGGCCUAUGCGCUGCAGGCCUCUUUGGCUAUGAUGCCUACAUUACCUUCCCCUUGCGGCAGCAGAGACAUACAGCAGCCCCUACUGACCCUGCAGAUGGCCCGGUGUAGGUGAACUCUCUUCAUUUCUCUCAGCAAUCUGCAAAUAACACCUCUAUUGAAAUAAUUCCUCCCCACCCCUACAACACUCCCAGUCAACUCCCAGCUCCCUAUUGAGGUAAAAGUGCCUUUGUCAUGGAAUUUUUCUUCCAGCCUGCCAAUCAACCCUCCUGGGUAUGGCUACCUUUAUGGGUGUGCCUAGGGCCCCCUUCUGCAGUAUCCGGAGACAUCAGUUCUGCCUGGACAAUGCCCCACCUAAGUCACAAAAUGACAGGAGAGGGUACCUCAGAUUUCAGACUCCAGGCUCCAUGUUGUAACCCACUCUAAAUAACCUCAGUGUGUGUAGGGGGUGGGGGUGUUCUGUGGAGCAAUAAAUAAAUACUAUGCAGAUUAUUAGAACAUA